AUGGAUUCACCGACACGACUGUUCCCCGCGUCUCAUACCCACCAGCCGACAUCUAUUCCACUCUCCAUUCUCGAUGCCACCGUCGUUCGGUUUGCCCCCACCGGCGCAAUUUGGCUCUUCGAUGAUUUCCCUUCGGAUGAAAAAACGUUUCUACACAACCUCCAAGCUUCUCUGAUCCAAGCACUAGAUCAUUUUCCCCAAUGGGCCGGCCAAUUGCAAUGGGUCCCAUUUCAGCCAGGCCGAACCCACCGGCCCAUGAUCACAUACAACACGGCGUCUGAUCCAGGUGUAGAAUGGUCUGUCGUGCGACUUGCUCAAUCUAUCACCAGUUUUGCUCCAACAGCUUCCGAACGUGCCAGCAAUGGGUUUUGGGUCGGGGAUGCUUUUACGCAAAACACUUUCCUCUCCCAAACCCGGUUAGCCCUUGGCAAUCUCCGCGACUACGAAGGCCUCCCCGCCAUGACGAUACAAAUCACUCUGUUCGAGGGGGGAGGGUACGCUAUCGGAAUUAAAAUGGCCCAUUGCCUAGCAGACGCGCAAGCCCUAAUGGUCUUCGUGCAACAGUGGGCAGCAGCCUGUCGCAUCCUCCACGGCUAUUCCAAUUCAGUCCCACUCAUGGAGGACCCGGUCUUUGAGCCAUCAACGCUCGAUUCCAAAGCCAGUGGCGACAUCAACACCAAAACCCCCGAUCAAUCUCUCAUCACAACAGCCCGCAAUCUCCCCCUCCACCGCUACGACUGGUGGAAAGCAUCCGACCCAGACUACCCACCUAUCAUGAUCCCAAACACCGAGAACUCCAAACCCUCCCCGGAAUACCUCACCAACACCACCCUCUCCCCAUCCACCCCAGCCCCCUGGGCCACCUGGGACUUCUCAAAGCCAGUCAGCUACACCCAGAUCCAUUUCACAGGCACCGAGCUCGACCACCUCCGCCAACUGGCCCGCACCCAACUCGGACCCAAUCAUGGCCCCCCCAUCUCCCGCUUAGACGCCCUCCUCGCCCACAUCUGGUCCCUCAUCAAUCAAGCCCGCGGAUACGACCAGUCCUCGGACCAAGUCUAUCUGAAUCUCAGCCUAGGCGCUCGCACCCGCGUCUCACCACCCCUCCCGGGUACCUUCAUUGGGUCACCGAUCUUCAUCACGCAUGCCUGCGCUUCUGGUGAAGAGGUAUGUAGGUCUAGCGUUGGUGAGAAUGCAUCUCGCAUUCGAGAAACGAUACAGCAAUUCACACCUGAUAAGCUAGGUGCGAUGCUAUAUGAUGCGGGGCUGGAGGUUGCGCCGCAGCGCUUGUGGCAGGGGUUUAUAGGGCAGAAGCAUACGCUGAUCACGUCGUGGUUGCGGUUAGGGAUGUAUGAGGUGGAUUUCGAUGGACGCGGUCGGAAACCGAGAUAUGUACAUGCGAUCAUGCCGAAGAUGGAUGGAUAUAUAAUGACAGUUAUGAUUUGA